AUGGUCCUAUUAAAACGAAAAGAGCUAGCUAACCCGAAUCAAGAAACAAAUCGUGAAAGCAUAGUGGUAGAUGGGGAAAAGGGUGAAACUGAUAAAAAUCUCUUUGAAAAUGAUGUACAGUCAGCUACUCAUGAUGGAAAAGAUCCAAGCGUAACAGCUGCUACAAGGACAGGACGACCAAAGGUAAGCUACAACGAUGCAAGUGAAGCUACCAAAAGAAGAAUGAAAGUUGAAGCAAAAACGGCCGUUGCUGAAUUGGUACACAAAUGCGACAAAAUAUCUAAAGGUUGCUCUGAGCAAUUACUUAGUGCGGUAAUUGAAGAAACACCACUUAAAAACAUCGAAACCAAAAACAAUGAAGCCCAAAAACUGGAUAAUAUGAUGAAUGACUUACGCAAGUCCUACGACAAAGAGAAUCAGCGUUCUUCUAAUAAGAUUAGGUUGUUAAGCACGAUAGCUUGUCAUUUCACAAACAAAGAACUAAAAAAGGCAUUUCCUUGUUUGGACCACGAAAUUACCCAAGCUCGUCGACACGCAAAAUUCAUCGGACCUGGUGUCAUAUCUAAACCUACUCGCAUAACAAGAUAUCGAAUACCUGUUGAAGAUAUCGCAUUCGUAGUCGAUUUUCUCCAUCAUCCAGAUAACGUGACAAGAUCGUCUCAUAGAAUGGCUUCCUGCGAGGGUAAAAAGUCGUCAUGGCUAUCAGACCUGUUCGAGCAAAAAAGCCAGUCUGUAAUGUGGCUUAGAGACACUAAGAAUCAUCUAUAUGCUAAAUACAGAGAAGACUGCGAAGCAAACGGGAGACGGCCAAUAUCUGAAACAAAGUUUCGUCAAGGCUUGAACGCUGGAAAUUUCAAAGAAAUGGUGCAAAUGGUUGGGCUGUGCAAUAUAUGCGAUGAAAUUGGUGCUCGCAAUUGGGAAUGUCUUGAUAACAUUAUCGAUGAAUUAAAGAAUGAAAUUUCAAAUUCCUUGGUAGACGUGUCCACACUGAACGAAGAUAUGCAGGAAAUAAAUGUUCGAGGAUGA